AUGAACCAGAGCAGCCAAGGGAAAAGUGGGGCUAUGCCAAGACCAAUCGGAGGAAGCCUAUACCUCGCCAAGAAAUGUCUUGUCCGACACCCAAAUCCAAAACUCCUUGUUCUUCGAUUGGAAAUGUCUAGUGAUCGUUGUUCAAGAACCCUAUUUUUGGAUUCUUAUUCAAAAGAUCAUCACGACCACAUAAAAAUCUUUAUUCAUUCUUACACAUCUCCAGUUCCAUAUCCCAUAUAUUCUAUUUAUGAUACAGUUGGUCAAAUAAUGGGGUAUUGCAACGGAAUAGUCUGCAUCUACGAUCUCGGUUACAUUUAUCUGAUUAACCCUGCGACAAGAAAACUCCGGAUUCUUUCUCCCGAGUUUUUGCGAGAGUUUAUUUUUUCCUUAGGGUGGUCGAAUGAAUUGACAUUUAGUGUGGGAUUUGGAAGAGAUAUUGUUACAGGAACAUACAAAGUAAUAUUGGUGUAUUUAUUCGAUCGUAAGGUUGUCAAGACCGAAGCCUUAAACCUAGAAAAUGGCGAACGAAGAUACGUAUGUUUCCCCAUUUCUUACGAUCGAAUUGGCAAUGAUAAACGAUCAAUCUUUGCAAAUGGAUCGCUUUAUUGGUUGCCAAAGCCAGAUUCUCUUUUCACUAAUCCUUUAUCUUAUAAAUCACAA